GUUCCCCUGGUUGCUGGCGAAUGUGUUGGACCCCGCACUGGGGGAGGAGGAGCCGAUCGCCAACUGUCUCAAGACGGUGAUGUUGACUGCCUCGAAUGGCGUAAAAGUGGGCGUCAUUGGACUGGGGGAAAGGGAAUGGUCUGUCUGCACAUAGCAAUUUGAUCAACUGAGAGAGAGAGAGAGAGAGAGAGGUGACCGUGCUGACAGACAAGGCUGGAGACAAUCAACUCCCUUCCUCCCGGGCUUAUUUAUCGAUCCGCCUCGAAAACCGCGCUGGAACUGGCGCCUCAACUUCGCCAACAGGGAGCGGAGAUCGUCAUCGCCCUCACGCACCAGCGCGAGCCCAACGAUAUGAAGCUGGCCAAGUUGCUGCCCGCAGGUACGGUUGAUCUUAUUCUCGGCGGCCACGACCAUUUCUACGGACACAUGGUGGUGAAUGGAACGCACAUCCUACGUUCGGGAACAGACUUCAAGCAGCUCAGCUACAUCGAGGCGUGGCGAAGAUCUGAUGGGGCCUCGUGGGACUUCAACAUCACGCGCAGGGACAUUGUGCGGUCCCUGCCUGAGGAUCCGGCAAGCGUCGCCCUGGUGGCCAAAUUGACGUCGUCCCUCAAGGUUAAGCUAGAGAAGCCGGUCGGCUACACGGUCACGCCGCUGGACGGCCGCUUCUCGACUGUCCGGCAGCGCGAGUCGAAUCUGGGCAAUUUCGUCUGCGAUCUCAUGCGCUUCUACCAUGCGGCCGACUGCGCCAUGAUGGCAGGCGGGACCAUCCGCGGCGACCAAAUAUACCCGCCAGGCAUACUACGGCUCAAGGAUCUGAUGAAUUGCUUCCCCUUUGAGGAUCCGGUGGUUCUUCUGCGCGUCAGCGGGCGGGCACUCUUCGACGCCCUGGAGAACGGAGUCAGCCAGCUGCCCGCGCUAGAAGGCCGAUUCGCACAGGUCUCCAACAUCCGGUACGGGUUUCGGCCGGAUGCACCCCCGGGGGCACGCCUCACCUACGCCACUGUCGGGGGGGAACCCAUCUGCUUCGAGCGCGACUACCUGCUCGCGACGAGAGGGUACAUGGGUCGCGGCAAGGACGGGUAUACUUCGCUGCUUGUGCGGUCCGAGGGCGGGACGGUCGAGGAGAUCGUCUGCGAAGAGAACGGGGUCCUGAUCAGCACCAUCCUACGCCAAUACUUUCUAAGUCUGAAGGUGCUAGGCCGCUGGCGCCGCUGGAGCGCCAGUCUCCGUCGACACUGGGGAUCCGUGCACCGCAACCUGCACAGCGAUGGAUGGCUGAAACCCCCGUCGACGCAAUCGUCGCCCGUCUCAGAAAAGAAAUUCACACACCAGCAACAACGGCCGUCUCUAGAGCGACGCGGUCGAUCAGUCUACUACUACGGCCGGUUCCCGGAGAAAGACGCCCACCUGGAAGACGAAGAGACAACAGCAAUGGACUCGGACUCGGACUCCGACCCGGACGUGCUGGUCUCGCCGCUCCCGACAGUCAACUACGUCACGCAACCGGCUUGCUCAGCGGCAGAAGAGGAGCGCCGCCUGCGCCUCGCAAGGCUGGUCACUCGGAAAUGGAUGCGGCUGGCGGGCGUGUCGCAUCACCGCGACCGCGACAUUGUCGGCGACGAAGACGACGAGGAGUUUACCCCGGCGUGGACCUCGGGUAUUGCACCUCGACUGGAGGGGAGGAUUGUGGAGGUGUCAUAACUAGCCUCCUAUAUCUCCGUAUACUUACUAUAUUGGAAUAGACUACAGAGUACCCUUCUA